GCCAUUACGAUUGUUUCAUCUGGUCUUGUAAACUCGUUUCGAGAUCAAUCUAUAUGGGCUGCAUUAUGGUUUUAGUUAGUUGUUUAGUUUAUCGGAAAAGAGAUUUACGUGAUAAAUUUUUACUCGCUUCGUUUUUCUCUUUUCCAACUAUUUAGCCAGAAAUGUCUCUUUUUCAUCCCAUCCGUUGCCUUAUUGUCUGACUUUAUCUGUUCAUUAAGGCUUCUGCAAACGUAGAUUCUCUUUUCUGGAGCCUGGAGGCUUCUACAAGAAUUAUUAUAUUGGCUGUGACAAACUGUCUGGUUUUUUAUCAUCAAAGGCCUGAAUAAUUUAGCUUCGAACUUAACUUUUUCUGAAAUAUGAAGCACUGCAAAGGAUUUUUUUUCAUCCCUGAAGUUUGUGUUGUCUCCGUGUAUGACUUAUGGGAAGAUUGUGUUUUCUUUAACUUUCCAACCUAUGUUUAGAACUUUUCAUUUUAGCCUCGAAUGUAUGCUAGUUUUGAAAAGUAUUGCUUCUUUAUUUCCCUUCUUUUUUGGUGAAAUUGAUUGCCAUCAGAUGGAUCAAAUUAUUUCAAGAGAGAGAGACUUCGAAAGUGAUCUUGAAAGUGGUGGGAAUACUAGUGAAGAGGAUGAAAGCAGGGACCUUGAUCCCAGUGAAAGACAUCCGAAGAAUUUAUUUGGCUGGGCAUGGAAUACACUUCUGGACUUUGAUCGUUUCAGAAAGCAUGAAACUGGGGUUGAAACAUGUAGCAGUUCGUCAAAAUCAGCUGAUGUUAUGGAUGAUGAUGUACAAGUACAUGUAGAUGCAUGUUUAGAAGAUUUACAAAUGAAACUGCCCCAAGUGAAGAAUAAUAAUAGCAAGGAAAAGAAUAAGAAGCCUAACUCAAAGCCUCCUAAGCCACCACGACCACCUAAAGGGCCUUUACUGGAUGCUGCUGAUCAGAAGCUUGUGCAGGAAAUUGCUGAGCUUGCCUUGAGGAAGCGUGAAAGGAUGAAGAAACUGAAAGCUGUAAGGAAGAUGAAAGCAAGAAAAGGAUCAUCAUCAUCAUCAUAUGCUGGUCUUUCUGCCAUGGUCAUCACUAUUUUCUUCUUUGCCAUCAUUAUAAUACAAGGAAUAAACGCUGGACGUAGCACUGCUGUUGGAGUAAUGGCUUCCCCCGAGCCAAGCAUUGCAGCCGAUGAAGGUUUAAUUUCUGUCCGUUUUUCCAAGAACUUCACCCACGAAGGAUUGAGGGAGUGGAAUUAAAAUUGCUGCAAUCUGAUUGUUUUUCAACUGGCGUAUGUCAAUGCAGUUCUGCAGGGUAAAUGACACGGAUCCUAUGGAGUGAGAUGGUCUAAAGACGAUCAUUAAGGCUGUUCAAAGUAGUUUUGGGUCAUUUAUAUGUUCUUGUACAGCCUCUCGGAUGGUCUAAAGUUCUCUUGUAGAGUGAGAUGACUCAUCCUGUUAAUAUGAGUUUAGCGAAGAUUUCCCGUAUCUUAGUAAUGUAGCAUGUUAGAAGCUAAUUUCUGCUGUUGAUGGCCUUUGCACUCCACCAGUGAUGACGAGAAUUUAGACCGCUAAUGGCCCUUUUAGGGGGGUUAGUGAAUUAACCGCUGUAGUGCCGAUCUGCCAAAAGAAAAAAUAAUUCUCGUUUAUUAUUAUUAUUAUUUAGUGGGUUUGCGAUU